AUGGAAAAUUACGCUGUGGUCGGACGCAUUGGUGAGGGUGCCCAUGGCAUAGUACUGAAAGCUAGACACAUAGAGAGCGGCGAGUAUGUGGCCUUGAAGAAAGUACCUCUUCGGAAGAUAGCGGAUGGGAUUCGAAGUACUGCUCUAAGAGAGAUCAAGACAUUGCAGUUCCUUGAUGUUAGUCCAUAUGUUGUCCGGCUGAGAGAAGUGUUUCCUCAUAGCACCGGAUUUGUGCUCGUGUUCGAUUACAUGAUGACGGACCUUACCGAGGUUAUACGAAGUUCCGAGGCCCCGAUGAACAACAGUCAGAUUAAAAGCUAUUUACAAAUGCUCCUUUGUGGAGUUGAGGUGAUGCACGAAAAUGGGAUUAUGCAUCGCGACCUGAAGCCUGCCAAUUUGCUCAUCUCUUCAAGUGGCCUCCUAAAAAUCGCAGACUUUGGACUGGCCAGGCUCUUCCAAAACACGAAAGAAAGGCUUUACAGUCAUCAGGUUGCCACGAGAUGGUAUCGCGCUCCAGAGCUUCUGUAUGGUGCAAAGAAAUACUCCGCCGCUGUGGAUCUAUGGUUUGUGUGGUUAUUUUUUACUUAUAAUCAAAUGAAAGGGCGAUUGGAUGCAUUUUUGGCGAGCUGCUCAACAAUUCUCCACUGUUCCCGGUAUGUCAAAUGGAAAAUAAAUAUAAUGGUCCAGGGUGAAAAUGAUAUUGAACAGCUAUGGGUAGUCAUCAAGAUACUGGGGACUCCAAAUGAGACGAUCUGGCCAGAACUGAAGGAUUUGCCAGACUACAAUAAAAUAACUUUCAAUGCUUGUGAACCAACGCCUUUUGAAGACGUCCUUCCGGAUGCGUCACGCGAAGCAGUGGAUCUAAUCAAACAGUUUCUGAUCUAUCCGCCAGAUGAAAGAAUAUCUGCCACCAGGGCUCUGCAACACAGUUAUUUCACGACUGACCCACUCCCAGCUCACCACUCGCAGCUGCCACGCCCUGGUCCCAACCGUUCUGGUCUGACUACAUCCAUUCUACAUCCCCAACAUAUUUACGACUCCUGUCUGAGUUGUCCGUUGGAGUCUAUUUUGGCAAGUCAUGAAAUGCUGUUUGACGGAGCUCAAUUGAUCACUUCCAAGGGCCUUAUUUCCCAUAGUCCGAAGCAAUGCACCUCUCUUAGAGACCCGCCGAAUCAGGUCGCGCACCCUCUGCGAGAUGUUGACAAUGAGCAGUAACAUCGUGAACGUAGGACUUAACAGUUGAUUCGCACGGACUGGCGAUUCUGGCGUGCACUCCUGCGCUAUCGGAGAAUCGCGUUCUAUGAGCGUCCAAGAGCAGAAUCAGAUUAAAGAAUGCGUACUCAUUUCUGCAACUAUUGGAUUUAUUUGGAUGAUCACUUCUCAUAUGUUUCUACGUAUACACGAUCACAUGGUUCCUCGAACAUUCCGAACAUUGAAAUCAAUAAUUGUGCACUCUCUCAAAUGUUACCAGAAUUCAGACUUUACUUCCUAUGUUGUCGAUAUGUAGUCACACUCGUUUCAUAGGUGAAAAUAUAUGAUAAUAGCAGACAUGUAAUGAAACGUCAAACUGUUAGAUUUUCGGCGCUCUUGUUCACAAAACCAACUUUACUCUUUGUAUGUCGAAGUAUUUGGUCAGUAUUUAAUAAUACCCGAAACGCCGUUUACCGUGCUCACAGGUUGCGCACUGAAUUCAC